AUGGGCUGCAUCACCUCUGUCUCUUUUUCCUUUCUGCUUAACGGGGAAGUCAGAGGUAAUGUUAUCCCAGAGCGUGGCCUGCGCCAAGGAUAUCCCCUUUCCCCUUUCAUCUUCGUGCUCUGUGCGGAAGCUCUCUCGGGCUUGAUCGUGGAAGCGGAACAGAAUAAUCUCAUUGAGGGUAUCUGUUUUGGUAGGAGAGGGGUGAAGGUCUCCCAUCUGUUCUUCGUAGACGACAACAUCAUGUUUCUCAAUGCGGAUGGGAACGGGAGUAGAGCCCUGAAAGACAUUCUACAUCGGUACACUACAGCUUCGGGACAGAUGGUUAAUUUCAGCAAGUCAGAAGUGUGUUUUGGAAGCAAAGUUGAUGACAAAACAAAGAGAGAGAUAGCGGAGAUCUUCGAGGUCAAGACCACGGAGCAUUUUGAGAAGUAUCUGGGUAUUCCGGGGCUGGUUGGCAGAUCCAAACGGGAAACCUUCAAACCAAUCAAAGACCGAAUCUGGAAUAAGAUAAAGGGCUGGAAAAGAUCCCUGUUCUCGGCGGCGGGGAAGGAAAUCCUGAUAAAGGUAGUGGUGCAGGCUAUGCCGACUUAUGCUAUGAACUGCUUUAGACUCCCUCUGAACUUGAUUAACAACAUACAUAGUAUUGCUGCCAAAUUCUGGUGGGGAUCAACAGAGAAAAAAAGGAAAAUCCAUUGGUGCAAGUGGGAAGAGCUAUGUAAAAGAAAGGAUAGAGGAGGCCUUGGGUUCAAAGAUAUGGAGCUCUUUAAUCAAGCAAUGCUUGCUAAACAGUGUUGGAGACUAGAGAGAUACCCUGAUUCUUUGGUGUCCAAAGUACUCAGAUUUAGCUACCACAGUGAGUGUAACUUUCUGCAAGCAAAGCUGGGUUCUGCCCCCUCCUACAUUUGGCGGAGUCUACUAUGGGGGAGGAGAAUUAUCGAAGCGGGAUCGCGUUGGCGCAUCGGUUCGAGAGAAGAGGUGAGAAUCAUGGAGGACAAAUGGCUGCCAAGACCGUCAAAGUUCACUUUCCUGGAAAAACCCGACCUGCCGUCGGGUCUUAGAGUGAUCGAUCUGAGGAAAGCCGAUGGGGAGUGGGACGAGAAUUUCAUCAGAAACAUCUUUAUAAAGGAAGAUGCGGACUGCAUUCUGAGCAUAGCUCCAGGACAUCUGAAUUCCAGCGACAAGAGAAUAUGGCAUUAUAACCACAAUGGCGACUACUCGGUGCGCAGUGGCUACCAAGUUGCAAUUCGGGAGAAAGAAAGGGCAGAAGGCUCAGACAUGAAAGAAACUGAAAGAUGGUGGAGAAAAUGCUGGUAUUGCCGCAAUAACGAGGCUUUCAGGAAAUGGAGCCCGGAGGCCACAACGAUUGUGGACUGGUCAGCCAACUACCUUGAGGAGUUUGUUCAAAGCCAAGCUGCCCUUGCAGUCAAAACUAAAGCGGCACCUAAGAAAUGGACUGCUCCUGCCGAGGGGGAGAUCAAGAUCAACGUUGAUGCGGCUGUGAAUAAGAACCAAGGUCAUUGUUGCAGUGGGGUAGUGAUCAGAAACAGCCUGGGUGAGGUAAUAGCUUCAAGCUGUACUUUUUUUAAAUACGGUUAUGACCCCCUUGUGGCAGAGCUGCUGGCUAUACAACAGGGCAUCAAACUUACCAUGAAGCUCAACAUUAAGGGGGGACGGAUUGAGUCGGACUGCAGCCUUGCGGUGGGCAUGCUAAACAUACCUCCGGAUGAAAGUGGCGACCUGGACUUACUGGUGUCUGAUAUACAGAGGGAGACUGAAAACCAGAGAAUACUCUCUGUCCGAUUUGCUCCCAGAUCGACGAACAAUGUGGCUCAUAUGAUAGCCAAAUAUGGUAUGUUGUAUCAAGAAACUAGCAGCUGGGUUGGUAGUGUCCCUCAGCUGGCUUCUCUGGCUCUCGCGGAAGACACAGUCCUCAUGGGCUCUUGA